CCUCGGCCGAGUGAACACAGAAAUUGAGUAGCGGAAAAAAUCAAAUACCAUCAUUGAGAGAAUGAGCACUGGAAUGUUGAGAGCGGGAUCGUCUCGCUGAUCGAAAACAAAGUCCCCUUACGCGAGACCUGCUCGAUCAACACGAUCCAUGCCGGCCACGGACCAAGCACGUGGCCCCGCACUGGCCACAGACCAAGCACGUGCUACAGACCCCACCCUGCCCACAGAUCAAGCUACGACGUCAAGUGUCCAAAACAUCCCCCAAGUUCCAAGCAGUGUCCCUAAUGCCUGUGGAAUGUAUAGCUCACCGCCUGCGCAGAUGUCAACUAUGCCUGCGUUGGAGCCUCAACACAGUCAACCGCAAGGAACCAGUAUGUCUACUGUAACAUCACCUCUGGUGGCUCAACACGGUACGCAUAUUAAUCCGCUAGUUAGCAUUACAUCUGAUCUUGGUGCUAAUGUUUUACUGUCAACACAAGAAAAAAUUUGGAAUAAUGAAUACAUUGAUCUAGCAAAGUUAUUGCAUUCAGACCCUGCAGCUGAAAAUCAACAGCUUCUUGUAUUAGAAGAUGGGCAAAUUAAGAUUACAAACAAAUCAAAAGAUAAGAAAAUAGCUUCCAUUUCCGAAUGGACAGAUGCAAUUUUAAUUUAUGCUGCUAUAUAUCUGAAAAGGUUUCCCCAGCAUGUCCAGGGUAUAAUCAAGUAUAUAAGUUCAAUAAGACUAGGGGCAUCACGUUCCACAACAAUGGGGUGGAGGGACUAUGACAUACAGUUUCGGUUGAGAAGGGCAAAGAACCAUUUGAUUAAUUGGGAAAACAUUGAUGCAGAAUUGUGGUUAUUAUAUAUGGGUCAGGGAUCUGUGCCUGAACGGAAGCCUGCUUAUAGCUUGCACCAGCACAAGCGCUGUUAUGAUUUCAAUUUGAAGGGUUCCUGUCUCAAAAGAGACUGUAGAUUUUCACAUAAUUGUCUUAAAUGUGGUCAAAACCACCCCUCCAUUACCUGUUCCAAUAUUCAAACCACCCAUAAUACUAGUAUGUCCAAAAAGGUUUCCCACAGUGUAGGUCAACAAGGCAAUGCCAAUUUUCAUGCGACUAGAUUUCCGAGGCCAUUUCGUCAAUAAGCAUUCAAGUCUUUGGGAUUUAGGUUACACCCCAGUCAAUGUUUCUGCAUUAACCACUUUGUUACAAAACUAUCCAAACAAAACUGUAGCAGAUCAGCUGUUACAUGGGUUUACAUUUGGUUUUUCAUUGAAUUAUACGGGUCCAAGGGGUCCUGUAUCUUGUAAAAAUAUGGUGUCUGCUUCAGAAAAUAAAGACCAAUUGUUAGGUAAAUUGAACAAAGAAAUACAAUUAGGUCGCAUUGUUGGCCCAUUUGAUGUCCCGCCAUUUAAAAACUUUCAUUGCAGCCCAAUAGGAGUUUUACCAAAGAAACAAGGUGGCUUUAGGUUAAUUACCAAUUUAUCUGCUCCUCGCGGAAAUAGUAUUAAUGAAUUCAUUGAUCCUGAAAUCUGCAGUGUCAACUAUUCGUCAUUUGAUCAAGCUGUUAACAUGGUACAAAACCUUGGUGCAAAUGCACAGUUAGGAAAAAUGGAUAUUUCUAAUGCUUUUAGAUUGUUACCAAUAAGACCAGAGGAUUUUAGUCUUCUCGGUUUUAAGUUUCUUGACAAAUACUAUGUAGAUAAGUGCUUACCAAUGGGUUGUGCCAUAUCAUGUGCAUUGUUUGAGAAAUUUUCUACUUUCUUACAUUGGUCAGUAGAACAGCAUAGUAACUUAAAUUCCAUUGUUCAUUAUUUAGAUGACUUUUUGUUUGCUGGAGCUCAAGGGACAGGCAAUUGUUCAAUAAUAAUGGAUAGUUUUCAGCAAAUUUGUUACAGGUUAGGUGUUCCUUUAUCAGAUGAAAAGACUGAGAGUCCAACAACUUAUAUUGUAUUUUUAGGUUUAGGUUUAGAUUCAGUUAGUACAUCAAUUUUCAUUCCAAAAGAGAAAGUUGAAGCAUUAAAGAAAGAUAUACUUCAAAUUCAAGGAAAAUCCAAAGUUACUUUGAAACAGCUUCAAUCAUUAGCAGGUUCAUUAGCUUUUGUAACGAGGGCCUUACCGGCCGGUAGGACAUUUACAUGUCGCAUUUAUGGGCUUAUGUCUGGUGUUUCUAAACCAUAUCAAUUUGUACGCCUGACAAGAGAAAUACAUAGUGAUCUUCAGAUGUGGUUGAAAUUUCUUAAUGAAUUCAAUGGAACUACAAAAUUUCCAGAUUUACAUUGGGAAUCUGAUAAAAACUUGCAUUUUUAUUCAGAUACUUCAGGGUCAGUAGGAUGUGGGGUGAUUUUUGGAAGUUCUUGGUCUUAUUUAUGUUGGCCAGAGGAGUGGAACACAGUUAUGAGAAAUGAUAUAACUUUCUUAGAGUUUGUCCCUAUAGUUUUAGGAUUUUAUUUGUGGUCUGACAAGUUGCAAAAUAAGAAAUUAAUACUCCAUGUUGACAAUCUAGCCUUGGUAGAAAUUUUGAAUCAUAAAACUUCCAAAAAUAAGAGGGUAAUGACAUUCAUGAGAGAAUUAGUCUUGUUGUCAUUGAAGUUCAACAUUCAGAUUAAGGCAGUUCACAUAAGUGGUUAUAGAAAUGAGAUUGCAGAUUCAAUUUCUCGAUUGCAGUGGCGCAGAUUCAGGCAGUUGGCACCAUGGGCAGACUGCCAUCCUUAUCCAGUACCUACUCAAUUUUGGAGCCUUUUGAAGGGCAUGUCAAUCGUUUAAUUGACGCGAGUCUCUCAAGCAACACAAAGAUUGCUUAUGACAAAGCCAUUAAUGUUUUUCAUGACUUCAGGUUACAGUAUUGUUUACCACCACUUUGGCCACCCCCAGUAGAUCACAUAGUCAAUUUUUUAGCAUUUUUAGCUUCAAAAGACCUUGCAUAUUCGACAGCUAAAGUUUAUUUGUCAGCUUUGAGCCACAAUUUGCAAAUGCUUGGCCUAGACAAUCCACUCAAAACUUUUAUUGUCCAAAAAAUGUUGGCUGGUUUAAGAAAAACUAAGCCUGUGAAAGACAUUAGAAGCCCCAUUACUUAUCAACUUUUGCUCAAAAUAUUGCAGGUUUUACCAACAGUGACAAAAUCUAGGUAUGAGCAUUUAUUGUUUGGAUCUGCUUUUUCAGUUGCAUUUUUCGGUCUUCUCCGCAUUAGUGAGUUAACAUCUGCAUCAAACAACAAUAACAAAAAUGUUAUACAUCUCUCAGAUCUACAAUUAACCAAAGAUACUAUCAUACUAAACCUCCGAUUUUCUAAAACAGAUCAAUGUGGCAAUGGUUUUAUUAUUAAUAUAAACAAAUCAUCAGAGUCAUUAGUAUGUUUUGAAAUCUUGGAGACUUUUCUGCAAUGCAGAUCUAAGGAUGAUGGCCCUUUAUUUUGCCAUUUAAGUGGCAGUCCCCUGUCUUCAUACCAGUUUUCAAGCAUAUUGCACAAAACACUGACAUUUUUAGGUAUUGAAACAAAAACAUUUAAAACACGGUCUUUUAGAAUAGGAGCUGCUACACACAUGUACAUGUUGGGCAUAGCUGAACAAGAAAUUCAAAGAAGGGGGAGAUGGUCUUCAGAUGCAUAUAAGCAUUACCUGAGACCGGAGUUGGUUACAUAUUAACCGUCAAUUUAAUCUGAAUGUUUUACAACUUUAAUUAACAACACCACCAUUUCUGCAGUUUGUUUACUUAUCAAUUCAGCUUGCAACUACUGCUACAUGUAUACAUGCAUUGUUUAUUGUUUAUGAUAUUGUAGAUUCAAUAUGGAUUGUUGGAUCAUCUCUUAUUAAAAGAGCUGAGCAGUAUGCAUCAAUGUCAUCAGAGUUUGGUACAGACCUUUCAUUACCUAAUGUAUCAGUGUUAUGGAAAGGAGUAUCAGGGUUAAGUUUUGACAGUGUUGCCGAUAUUAUUUGUGACUUGCGAUCAAAAUAUCCACAUCCAAGGUUUCUAGUCAUCCAUGCAGGUGGAAAUGACAUUGGUAAAGAUGAUAACCCAUUAUCUAGACAACAAAAGUUUAUAAAAAAAGUUAUGGUCAAUUUGAGUACGGAUAUGCCUUCAACAUGCAUUGUUUGGUCACAUAUAUUACCUAGAUUAUAUUGGCGACAUGCCAUUUCAAACACGGCAGCAGAGACAUCUAGGCUUAGGAUAAAUAGUUCUGUGGCCACCCUUGUUUUGAAGAUAGGUGGUGCUUCAAUUAAAUAUGUUGACAUUAAACCCAAUCAAAGUAAUCUCUUUCUGAAUGACGGGGUUCAUUUGUCGCCUUCGGGCAAUCAUGAAUUUGUGUCAACCAUGCAGUCAGCUCAAAGGCAAUUUAUUGAGGGUAAAAGUUUAUGUUAUCCAAAGAUAUGAUCAAGAGUUAGUCUGGAACUGUUGUGGCUUUUAUUAUGAAUGUGUUGAAAAAUGAUUUUAAUAUGUACAUGUAUAUACACAUUGUUAGGUCGAUAUAUGUGAAUGUUGCUAUGGAAGCUUUAAAUGGUCAAAAUUAAACCGCUGUGAUGGCGGUUGGAUUUCAUUCUGCAUGAAAUCCAAUUGGCGCAAUUUUGACAUAUAACCAUUUGCUGAGGGAUACUGUUGUCUCCAGGUCCCCCAGCUCUGAUAUGGUUUGUUGAAUGAAUAAUUUGUGAAUGCUAUGCUGCCAAAAGCUUACAAGUGGUAAGAUCGGCGCAUAGAGUAUGAACAUGCAAGUGGCAUGUUAACUGUGAAUGUUGAUAUGAAUAAAAAGCCAUGACAGUUCCGCCAUAUAUGUGUUUGAGUAAUUUUUACUUAUGUCAGAGGUGAUGUUGGAUUAAAUACAAAUUCAAUUGAAGAUCAAUGAAUGCACAAUAUAUAUAUAUAUGUAUAAUUGUGCAAGAGUGGUUCAAUAUUUAUGCAUUUCGAAAUAAUCAAAUUUAUCCCUUACAGAUAAAUACAGUUAUUGAGAAUAAAUUAGGUAAUUUAAAUCUAACAAAAUAUCAAAUUUUUCCGGAAUUUUUUGUUCUAUACAUCAUGACUGAUACUUUAUUUAUUCCUGAGCAUGCGCUCUUGGCCUUUUCAUUUUAAUCCUCGGCCGAGUGAACACAGAAAUUCCCUCCCACCCCUCCCCUAGAUAUUAUGGUUGGUUUGAACAUCUAUAUACCUUGUUUUGUACGUUUUGCAUAGCUAUUCAGAUACUUUUUGCUGCUGUGAAUUUUUUUCAAUUCCAGAUAUCGUCAUGGCGUUUAAAAAGUUUGAAAAGAAAUCCAUGGUUGUGGUGAUGAGGACAGAUACAUUGAUGAGAGUGUUGGCGCAAUUUUGACAUAUAACCAUUUGCUGAGGGAUACUGUUGUCUCCAGGUCCCCCAGCUCUGAUAUGGUUUGUUGAAUGAAUAAUUUGUGAAUGCUAUGCUGCCAAAAGCUUACAAGUGGUAAGAUCGGCGCAUAGAGUAUGAACAUGCAAGUGGCAUGUUAACUGUGAAUGUUGAUAUGAAUAAAAAGCCAUGACAGUUCCGCCA